AGUACGUCACAGAGGUGACUCAUAGCAAUUGGGAUUUCCAUCUAUAUUAUUUUUUUGUUCCAGUAAGCUAUUCGGCUUCUAACGGCUAGCUUUACAAGAUAUCCCGUUAAAAAUUUGAAAUUAAAUCUUUUAAAAAAUUCAUUUAUCAUAAAACAAAAGAGAAAACAAUUAAAUGGAACAGAGGCUACCGAUUACCAAAAUUGGUAUAAUAGAAGAUAAGCAAAAAUGUCCUCCCGACUACGAUGUCUUGUUUUACUCGUCGGAUCGAAAUGAAGAAUGCGAUUUGAUGCCUGAUGGAUUUUUUAAAAAGUCUAAGCGUCAUCUAUGUAUCACUAAACAACAAGCAGGAUUUGGUCAAAUGAAUAUGGUCUUAGCUGACAUUGCUGUUCAAAAUGAUAGGGAGAGGCCACCAAACGGAUAUUCUAUUAUAGAAUAUACAAUGGAUACAAAGGAAAAAGCUACAAAAAAGAAACAAAUAUGUGUCAAAGUUAUACCGAGAGAGGCUACAUCAGCUGCAAUCUGCGACAUUUGCCUGUUAACCAAAAGUAAACGCGCUCCUGUAGGAUAUACAUUAGCGGGAGAAAUAAAUAACGUUGCAAUAUGUUUCAAAAUUUGUGAACUUCCUCCAAUACAAGUCACUCAAACUCAAUCGCCAACUCUUCCUGCUAGCUUGCCUACUACAAAUGUGAAAGAAGAGUUACCUAUGAGACAGAAUGAUUUACAACAAGCGAGCUCUUCUACGGCUGUUUAUCAUCCACUAUCGGGAGUUCAAUUUGUCUUGAAUGCUGCAUUUUCAUCUCCUUUAGGAUUAAAAAGUGUUUAUCCGCCGGAUAUUCAAUCAAGAACUCUUGUGGAUAUAAAUAACGAAUAUCAAUAUCCUUUUGCUGCUGAAAGGACAGCUUUACAAAUAUGA